CGGCUCCUGAACGCACCACAGACCCGAUUCAACCCGGACCUGACAGCUCCGCCGACCCCCCCUCCCCCUCCCUCCCCGGCGCAGGACGCACGGAGCCGGGGCUGAACUGUGCGCGGACCCAGCCUCCCCUCCCCGCUCCUCUCCGGGGCUCCGGAGCUCUGCGUCCUCUCCCCGAGUGUCUCCGUGUGGAUGAGGGACAGUUCUCACAAACACACGCUCACCUCCUGGAUUUGGGACAAUGCCACCUCCUCCACCUCCUCCUCCUCCUCCUGCUCCUGCUCCGUGUUCUCGCCGUGCAGAGCUCCCCCUCUGAUUGUGCAUGGAUUUGUGGAUGGUUUAUAAACGCCCUGGAUUAGGAGAUGGACUGAUUCUCGGCUCAGAGCAGGAGUGAAGUCAGAGCCCUGAGAGGAGCCGCGGACUCAGACUGGAUUUGCUCCCGGAGGUUUCCUGUCGGAGUCGUCGCCUGCAUCUGAGCAGCUUCUUCGUCGCUUCCCUUCAGUUUUCCCGCUCUGGGAUUUACAUUAACAGAUCUGAUGCCAGGAUGCUGCUGGGACCCAACGAGGGACUGAGCCCCACCUGAGCCCCUGACCCCUCCCUCCCUACCUACCUGGUCCUCCUUCUCCUCCCGACCCCCGGCCCCCCUCCCUCCCUGGUCCUCAGCGUCCUCAGCCGUCGUCCCACCAUGAACCUGUUGUGCCGCGGGCGCCUGAAGCUGCUGGUGGCGUCUCUCACGGCCAUCGUCCUGCUCACCUGGCUCUACCUGCUGGCUGGAAACCUGGAGAACGGGCGCUCCCUCCUCCUGGCUCCCUGUCUGGCCGACACCCCGGCCGCCCAGGUCCUGGAGCGGGCCGUCCUGGAGUCCCGGGUCCGGGAGGUGGAGGAGGAGAACCGACAGAUCCGGCUGCAGCUCAGCCAAUCGCAGGGCACGGCCGCCCAGCCGGCGGAGGGUAACUACGGCAACCAGCAGUGGGGCGCGUCGGCGGACACGGGGCCGGAGGACGGAGACAACACGGCGGAGGAGAAGAACAACCACACUGAGUGCCCCCGUUUACCCGCCGUCCAGAAAUGCGAGCUGAUCCAUGUGGCGUGCGUUUGUGCCGGUCACAACGCCAGCAGAGACGUGGUCACGCUGGUCAAGUCGGUCCUUUUUCACAGGAGAAACCCUCUCCACUUUCAUUUCAUCACCGACACCGUAGCCAAUCGCAUCCUGAGCUCGCUCUUCCAGUCCUGGAUGGUCCCGUCCGUGCAAGUCAGCUUCUACGACGCAGACGAACUGAAGUCCGAGGUGUCGUGGAUACCCAACAAGCACUACUCAGGUAUUUACGGCUUGAUGAAGCUGACGCUAACCAAAGCUUUACCCUCCGACCUGACGAAGGUCAUCGUCCUGGACACGGACAUCACCUUCGCCACCGACAUCGCCGAGCUCUGGGGGAUUUUCAGAAAGUUCACCGACAAGCAGGUGAUCGGUCUGGUGGAGAACCAGAGUGACUGGUACCUGGGGAACCUGUGGAAGAACCACAAACCAUGGCCAGCACUGGGAAGAGGCUUCAACACAGGCGUCAUCCUCCUGUACCUGGAGCGUCUGAGGAGAAUCGGCUGGGAGCAGAUGUGGAGGCUGACGGCGGAGAGGGAGCUGAUGAGCAUGCUCAGUACGUCUCUGGCCGACCAGGACAUCUUUAACGCCUUCAUCAAGCAGAACCCGGUCCUGGUGCACCAGCUGCCGUGCUUCUGGAACGUUCAGCUGUCCGAUCACACUCGCUCCGAGCAGUGCUACACCGAGGUGUCCGACCUCAAGGUGAUCCACUGGAACUCUCCAAAGAAGCUCCGUGUGAAGAACAAACAUGUGGAGUUCUUCAGGAACCUGUACCUGACCUUCCUGGAGUACGACGGGAACCUGCUGAGACGGGAGCUGUUCGGCUGCCCCAGUCCAGCCAGCCCAGAGAGCGUCCAGCUGCAGGCGGCGCUGGAGGAGCUGGAUGAGGACGACCAGUGUUACGACUUCAGACGGGAGCGACUCACGGUGCAUCGGGUUCACCUCUACUUCCUGCAGUACGACUACACGCCCACCGACGACGACACCGACGUCACACUGGUGGCCCAGCUCUCCAUGGACAGGCUGCAGAUGCUGGAGGCCAUCUGCAAGCACUGGGAAGGCCCCAUCAGCCUGGCGCUCUACAUGUCUGACGCCGAGGCCCAGCAGUUCCUGCGCUACGCCCAGGCCUCCGAGGUCCUCAAGAACCGCAAGAACGUCGGCUACCACAUCGUCUACAAGGAGGGCCAGUUCUACCCCGUCAACCUGGUGAGGAACGUGGCCCUGAAGAACGCCAACACGCCCUACGUGUUCCUGACCGACGUGGACUUCCUGCCGAUGUACGGACUCUAUGAUUACCUCAGAAAGUCUGUGGUGCAGCUGGACAUGGCUCACACCAAGAAGGCUCUGGUGGUUCCAGCCUUUGAGACUCUUCGUUACCGCCUCUCCUUCCCCAAAUCCAAAGCCGAGCUGCUCUCCAUGCUGGACAUGGGGACUCUCUACACCUUCAGGUAUCACGUGUGGCCAAAGGGUCACGCUCCUACCAACUAUGCCAAAUGGCGAACGGCCACCACACCGUAUAAGGUGGAGUGGGAGCCGGACUUCGAGCCGUACGUUGUGGUGAGACGAGACUGUCCAGAGUACGACCAGCGCUUCGUGGGCUUUGGCUGGAACAAGGUGUCCCAUAUCAUGGAGCUGGAUGCACAGGAGUAUGACAUGAUGGUCCUCCCCAACGCGUUCAUGAUCCACAUGCCCCACGCUCCCAGCUUUGACAUCUCCAAGUUCCGCUCCAGCUCCAGCUACCGCAACUGUCUGAACACCCUGAAGGACGAGUUCCACCAGGAUCUGUCCAGGAAGUACGGCUCGGCGGCUCUCAAGUACCUCACGGCCCAGAGGAACAUCUAAAAAAAAAAAAAAAAAAGGAAAAAAUAAGUAAAGCAGGACUGCUGACAGCCAGCAGGAUCCGUUGGACUCGAGCGCUCGGACACCGUGCUCGGGUGCCGCGUUGCCGCCGAGCGGGAAUAUGACGGUAAAGCUUUACAGCCCCUUCGAUCGCCCUCGGGAUCCUGUGCAUUAAUUCUCCAGUCGACUCCACCUCGAGGUGACAGAGGACGAGAUGCAAAGACAAAAAAACACAAACAGAUUUCCUGAACGUGGGAUUCUGAGGCGGCCGAACGAGUGUGGAUACUGUUGGGACCAGCUUUAAGGCUGCAAAAAAAAAAACAAACACAUUUUACAAUUUGUUCUGACAAUCAGGGCUGUUUCCAGACGUACUAUGAACCAGUCGGUCUGCAUGGAUCUCAGAACACGACGGAAACCCUGUCACAAAAUUUCAGACUACAUUUGAAUCAUAUGGGACGCCGGUCGAACUGGAGGAAGAUUUACGCCUUAUCACUUUUAUGGUAUUUACUAAGAUAUUUAAUGAUAUUUUCUUUUCUUUUAGUUUUUAUUUUCCAGUGUAUAUCUGAACCAAUGAGUGAACAUUUGCAUUUACAAUGUUUUGAUUAUGGCUUUACAUACGAAUCAGUUUAUUUUUCCUUUCUAUAUUUUCUGACCUCUUUCAAAAACAAACCCAUGCGUAGAGUCCCAGUUGAAUUAUUUUUAGGUUUUCUGUUCGCUUCAGGGAUGUGCUUCAUUUCUUUGUGUGUGUGUGUGUGUGUGUGUGUGAGAUCCAGCUGCAUCAUACGCCACAUUUACAUCAUCUCUGCUGCUUGUCGUUUGCGCCAUGCAUCCGUCUUGCAUGUUAACAGUCGCACUACAUGCUCUCGUCACGUAUGAAGAAAAGAUUUUUCAUCCAUGUUUCAUCGUUGCCGAUCGGGACCAACUCACGCGACCAACACGGACACAUGACACCUGAGUUGUUGUUGAACGAAGUUCUGAAAUGACACCGUGAUGAAGGGCAGGAGCUUUAACGUUUGUGCGUUUGUGUCACAAUGUGUCUGAACCACUGGAUAUGUGCAUCUACUGUACCACUUCACCCAUAAACCUUUUUAUUUUUUUUUUAAAGUCCAGCUGAAAUUCAAAAGUCUAAUUUAUUAUUGGUUCUAUACAUGAAAAAUAUAAGAAAUGCCUCCAGAGCCAAGGUCUCCAUGGAUCCUUGAAAACUAGGAUGUGGUUCAAAUGUAAUGGAGUCUAAUCAGAUGCAGGACUGAUCUUUUCUAGCUGAUCUGUCCUGGUAUCAAACCGCCGUCCUGAGUGAUCUGAUCAUAAACGAGCAGUUUAAUGGAAGCGUCAACAUGCGUCCUGAGCCACCACUUCAGAUCAGAUCUCAGAUUUGCACCCAAUUCAAAUGUUUAAAGGAGCAGUAGAAUAAAGUAACAGCUGGUGACUCGAAUGGAUCACUGAGAACCAUGUUUACAGAAUUCAGUGACAGACAAAUAAAAGAAAAUAAAUAAAGACACUGCCUAGGGAUUACAGAUCCAGAUAUAAAUCCACGUGGCUAUUUUGCAUAAUGUGGCCUUCGUAAAUUAAACAAGAAUCUAAAGAAAUUCUAGUUGUUUGUUCAACACGCUAACGUGCUAACAUGCUAACACACAGGACAUGAAAACCAGUCUGUUGCGCUCUGAUCUAAUCUUUAUGCAAAGAACACUUUGACCGUCUGUGUGUGAGGUAGUUUGUGAUGGGUUCGGACUGGGACCUUCACACAGGCUGUUUGGACUCUAUGGAGAUGGUAGAACCUGUUUAUGCAACAGUUUGUUAUCUAGUGACGGAACCAACAGAACACAAACUGGAAUCUGGGCGGAUUAAGAAAAGUGUGGAAUUGGAAUGUUUGUUUUUUUUCUCCAGACCUGAAAACACGGCGUUUAAUUUCAGUUGGACUUUAAACUUGUUGAUUUAAUUGUAUUUAAUUGUUGUGUAAUCUGUUCUGUGCCAUGUAUCCAAUCACCACAGAUUAUCAUUUAAAUGAGCUAUCGAUCGUGAACGGCAGCGUUGGUCCGAGGAGGCGCUCGUUGGACAUUUAGGCUCAUUAACUAUUGACAAACUGUUUAAAAACCUGUUGGUUAAAUUGACCUGAGCUCCGUAGACGUAGAUUCAGAUGUUUUUUAAAUCCCAGAGACAAGAUGCGGUUUGGAUGAACUGCAGCGCGUCGGAGCAUCAGAGUUCAGUUUCUCAUUAUUUCAUCUUCUCACGUCUGAUUUUGUUGUCGAUUUAUUUCAACUGUUUGAAGGCGAAGGAGGGGGGGGGGAUUUUCACAGAGAAGACAAGUGUGUGUGUGUGUGUGUGUGUGUGUGUGUGUGUGUCGGCUGUUUGGUGGACGUGAAGAGCCCCACCCCCCCUCGCCAUCCACGCCGCCAUCCACGCCGCCUCCAUUGACUGUUGUUGAUUGUGGUAAAUGCUAGUGCCUUUGCUGUAUUGUGAAACUGGAUAUUGAUUGUACUGUUGUACCGACAGGGCCUGGGGACAGUCAGGCGUCUAUUUAUUAUUGUUGACUCAAAUCAAUCAUAUUUUUCUAUGUAAGUGCUUUAAAUAAAUUUGCCCUUUUUUUAAUCA